GCGAUAUCUGUCUGUUACUUACAAACAAUUCCGUUUCGCCCUCCAAGUGGGGGGAAAAACGUGGUUAGCAGUGAAGCUGCUAUGGCUAGGGUGAAAGAAUGGUUCAUAAAAUGAAGAGAUGCUGUGUUGUUAGCUAACUAUUAGCAUAGGCUAGCUGCAGCAAAGGCACGUUUCAGACAGAAACAUUGGCAUUUAACCUCCCGGUUCGAUAAAAUGCCCAUUUUAGACCUCCAACUCAAGUUAGUAAUGCCACAAAAAAAAAAACGUUUCUACCGUUUUAUUUACAAUUUUUUAAAACAGUGUGGUGCAGCUAGCUAGUACUAGCCUAGCUAGCACUAGUUGCCUGCUGAGCUAAGAAAUUCCCUUUCCUGUUGCCCCAUGUUUUACCCUGUUCCAGGGAAGUACAUCGCUGCCACGCAACGGCCGGACGGUACCUGGCGGAAACCCCGGCGAGUAAAGGAAGGCUAUGUGCCCCAAGAAGAGGUGCCUGUUUAUGAGAACAAAUAUGUGAAGUUCUUCAAGAGCAAACCAGACCUUCCACCAGGCAUGAACCCAGAAGAUGCAGCACAGGCACGGCAGCAGCACCAGCAGGCGGUAGCGGCUACGGGGAGUGGUGCCGAACGGGAGAAUGAGACCCCUGGUCUCUCGAAGACCGCCAAGCGCAACAUGAAGCGCAGGGAGAAGCGAAAGCAACAGCAGCAGUUGCAGCAACAGCAGCACCAAGGGCAGGAGGGUAACGGUAGUUCAGAGCAAGGGAUUCAAGCUCUGAGUGCUGCUGUGGAGAAGGUGGAGAUUGAGGGCAAAGGAAGGGACAACAAAGCGCCUGCACUGCAACAGGUAGGCAUAGCUCCUCAGGCUGGGACACAGGUGGACGUCCCCGCUGCAGAGAAAGCCAAGAGGAUAAAAAACCUGAAGAAGAAGCUGCGGCAGGUGGAGGAGUUGCAGCAGAAAUUGGACUCUGGUGAGAUCAAGCAACCGACCAAGGAGCAGCUUGAGAAGUUGGGUCGGGCCCAGGCCCUGCAAGAGGAGCUGGAGGAGCUGGAAAAGGAUUCAUAAGAAUGGAAGUGGGUGGGAGCCUAGCAGCUGUCAAGAAUAUAAACAUUGUUUGCUUAUGUGUUUCCAAGCAUAUGUGUUUAUAUUCUUGACAGUACAUUAUUCUGUGUAAAGUGGGAAGGGAUUUCAGGGUGGGUGGUUUGGGGGUAUUUGGGUGUAGAAAUGGUUAAUAAAAGUUGCUGUCGUUUUGUAAUCCUUUGGAAUCCAAAAAGCAUCCGGUUUAUUUUCCGUUGUCAUAUUUCGUUUUUAUUCCAGUAUUACAGUUAGAAAACCUCAGUGAUAUUGAUUUGUUUGCAUAAAAAUGUGUUAGUUGUGACAGUUGCUGUUGCUUCUCUGGUCUGUGUUAUGGGUUGCUAUGUCUUGUCUCAUCCUCUAGAGGACGUUUUAGAGCUCAUCUUAGAACUUGUCUGCCAAACACAAUAGAGUGCCCUUUGGUGUAACAAACCACCAGUUCCACAUUUUGUUGCACAUUGUCAUUUAUUUUGGAGCCAGUGCGGGUCAAAACUUAUCUGUUCCUCACAGUGAAACAUGUGUUUUUUCAAUUUACACUGGAGUCACCAUUAUAAAUGGCUUAUAUUUAGAUGGCACCAUCAUGUCAUUGUAAAAAGGCAUUCAGCAAAUAAUUUUGUGGGAAACAAAGGUUUUGUUAAAAACUAAUGAAUAAUGCUCUGGGCAAGUACAGGAAAAAAGUGUCUAACCUCAGAUUAGGGGAAUAAUUUUAGAUGUAAAACAUUAACAUUCCAGCCUGCAAUUUUAAACUCCC